AAUGCACACUUCUUUGUUGCAGAUAUGAUUAUAGCAUCACUAGAAAAAAUGAAAUGUAAUAUCUUAAGUCAACAAGCAGAAUCCUGGGGUGUGGAAGAAACAAGCGGAUCAGAUAGCAGCUAUCACACUGAUUCGGAGUUAUAUUCUUACCCUGGAGUAAAGAAGUCUGAUUCUUCUGUUACCUCUUCAGACAGUGGUUAUGAAGGCUGUGCUUUGCUGCCUGCCAGCUCACCAGUGCAUCUACCAUCACAUCGUGAGGUUACCAGUUUUUCUUGCUACAGUGACUCAGAGGAUGAAUAUGUAAUUAUUGAACUUGAAGACCUUGAAAAUCUGUCUGUCACUCCAGAUAAAAGAUCACCUUUUGAACCAGGCAGCAAUUCUGCUGAAGCGACAGCCCAGGAGUUGUGCAGAGCUUUCAGAAAAUACUGGUUGCAGACAGACUCUGUAGUUCAGCUGUCUGGUUGCCUGAGCUCAUCUAAGCAGAGAUCUGUGCUGAAAGAAGAGAUUCCAAAAGAACUUGAGUCCAGUUUGAAUCUGGCUGAAGAAAUAAAGAUCCUAUCCAAAUUAAGAGGAUCUUCUGGCUGGUCCCCGCCAAGAUCGCAGAUUAUAUUUAAUAUUCAUCCUUCAGUCAAGAGAGAUGCAGUGGUGGCUGCUCAAAACUUCACGUGUGUUGGCUGCGGAACUCCGAUAGAAAGCAAAUAUAUCAGGAGACUCCGCUAUUGUGACUACCUGGGGAAAUACUUUUGUGACUGCUGCCACAGCUAUGCCCAGUCUUGUAUUCCUGCCCGAAUACUUUCAAAAUGGGACUUCAAAAAAUACUAUGUAUGCAACUUCUCCAAGCACCUACUGGACAGCAUAUGGCAGCACCCAAUUUUCAAUGUGUUAUGUAUUAACAAAACGCUCUACACAAAAAGUAAAGAAAUGGACAGGGUGAGGGAGGCCCAAGAACAGCUUUUUCAUUUGAAAAAGCUUUUGAAAACUUGCAGGUUUGGUGAAAGUGCACUGAAAGAAUAUGAACAGGUCCCCAGCCAUCUGACAGAGGAGCUGCAUCUCUUCUCACUGGAUGAUCUAGUGAAGAUCAAACGAGGACAGUUACUGCCCCUUCUUAAAGAUAUUCUGAAGAGCUCUAUCUCCCAUGUGGAUGGCUGUGAGCUCUGUCAAGCGAAGGGGUUUAUCUGUGAGUUCUGUCAGAGUGCAGACCUGCUCUUUCCAUAUCAGACUGCCAAAUGUAAAAGGUGUACAGAGUGCAAAACAUGCUUUCACAAAGCAUGCUUCAGAUCUGGAGGCUGCCCCAGAUGUCUGCGGAUCUCAGCUCGGAGGACACUUUCAGAAACUCCAUCACUGGUACUUCAGUGAAACUGGAUUCCUCUGACUGCUAACUUCAGAAGAUGCUCAAAGGCAAAUCUUCAAAUGCAUGACUAAAAACUAAAUAAUGUUGUUUUAGACAUUACUAGUUUUAAUGCAUGUCUCAUUUAUGGGGGGGGUGGUAAAAAAAAAAAAAAAAAGGCUAAACGAAAACCAAACAACUUUAAUAUCCUCCUUGAAACCUCACCCUAAAUGAAUUCCAUCCUAACUGGUGACAGAAAGACUGGAUGUUAAUUCUAUGGGCAGCUUUUUGUUGCUAUGUUUUGUCUUUGUAUGUAAGAUUUUUAAUAUUAUAUUUUUUCAUAGAAAAAUGGUUCAUCUCUGUAAUUCUGCAGAUAAUGUGUAGAUAGUAAAUGAGCAUUCGAAAUUAUCUGUGUCAGAUUUUGGAAAUGUGGAAAAAGUGGUAAUGUACAAAAUCAUUCCCUGGAAAGCUCUACAAUAAAUAGAAAAAGCUUAUCUACAAA